AUGCCGCCGUCACUCCACUUCAGCGAUGUCUGGCUGCCGUGCCUCGUCCUGCUUGUUUUCUGGGCCCGCCCCGCCGCUGCAUUUGGAGCUGGCAAUAUUGCUGGCUUGAGCGCCAUUGAGGGGCAAAACUGGCGCCAUGGAGACAUUGAGGACACGCUGCUUACGCUGCUCAUUAGCAGCAGAAGCGGCAGGAAAUUCAGCAAAAUGGACGUCAAGCGCGUCUACUUUGGCAACUGGCUGCGAGACUACUCGCAGGCUGUCGAUGUGGGUACGGUCAAGAUGGUGUCUGCCGAGGCCAUCCGUAUCCUGCUGUGGGUUCUGGGUUUCAUGAGCUUCGGCUAUGGAACCAAAGAAUUCGAAGUCACCCGCGACCGCCUGGGCUGCUACAGGCCCGAAGAGCAUAUUGACAACCCCAAGGACUACGCCGACAAUGUCGAUGCUCGCGAUUACGAUCGCCGCCUACGAGGCCCCAUUGACGAGGAGCGUGAGCUCGGCGUCGAUGAGCGAACCGGCCUGAAGAACUACAUUGCCUCGGAAGACCUAGGCAUCACCACAUCAGCUGGCAUGGUCCGUGACCUGCUUAGGCGCUGCAUCGAUCUCGGUCGUCGCUCAGGUGGGCGUGGACCCGACUUCCAUGAGGCCCUACGUCUGCUUGGUACCGCCACCCACUGCUUGGAAGACUAUUCGGCCCAUUCCAAUUACGUUGAGCUUGCCCUGAUUGAGCUUGGAGAGCGUGAUGUCUUUCCCCAUGUCGGCCGCAACACUCUGGUCCGUCUGGAGAGCUCCGGAAAGGAGGUUUGGCCUAUCAUCACCGGAACGUUUGGUGGUGUAGACUUCCUGCACUCUGUUUGUGGUGAAAUUUCCGACAAGGCUACCCAGUCUGAACUCCAAGAGCUUGAGGGGACCAUAUCCAAUGCAGACAGAACUAAGAACAAGAGCAAGAUCAAGGAGCUUCUCAGCCAGCUCCCUGAAGGCAUCUUUGGUGGCAAGGACGAGGCCAGCAAGGCGGAUGAGCUUGAAGAGAACGCCAACGCUGCCGCCAUGGGUAAUGUGCGCAUCACACCCAAAGAACCUGAGGAAUUCACCCAGCAGAUCGGCGAGUUGGUCAGGCAGAUCUACCCCAUCAUGGAAUUCCAUGAUGAGAUCAUGCAGUCCAUCGCCGACUUCAUCGAGAAGAUUCCCCUUCUACCAGAGUUGAUGGAGGAGGUUCAGAACCAGGUUACCAUUUUCGUCUUCAGCCUGCUCGCACCUUACGUUCUGCCCAUCCUUAGCCAGGUCAAGACCGAACUCGAGGAGGGCUCCAGCGAAGUCAUCGCCAGCUCUCGCGACAAGCAGCACAUUGUGUUCAAUGACGAUGACUCGUCUGAUCCGACACACAGCAUGCUUUCCAAGGAUCACUUCUCGAAUAUUCUCAACGAGCCAGCUGGACGAGUUGCUUCCGCUGUCUUGUCCUGGGCUGUACCUCAGAUUGUGCAGUGCUGGGACGGCGAGGCGGACCCCGAACGUACCAUUGAUACCAUCAUCAACGGUGUCUUUCACCAUCCUGCAUGUCUCGAUGACGCUCAAGACCAAGAGGCUAACCGAGGUCGCCAUAUUAUGUUCGAUACUGUGGCGCGCUGGUGGAGUAACCAGCCAGACCAGGAUGAUAUGCGCCAGAAGCUCAGCCGCAGGGGUGUCCAGAAUGGUGAAAACCAUGUUGCCCGACAGGGUAUCAAGGAUACGGGUCACGGCUGCUGCAAGCCUCUGGGCAUGGCUAACAACUUGGGCGGCAAGUCUAGCGGAAGAGGGAACCAGCAAGCCCAGCAAGUCAGUGACCAAGCCGGCAAAUUAGUCGGUGAAGCUGUUGGAGGUGGCGCUCUAGGUGGCCUGGUAGGAGGGCUCGUCGGAGGUAUCGGCGGCUCCCUGCUUGGUGGAGCGUUUGGUGAUGACGAGAAGAAGAGCAAGAAACACGAGGGCUACGGCCAGGAUGGAUCUUACCAACAGUCAUACUCUGAGACUGGUCGUCAUCAGGGUUCAUCUUACGGCGACUCAACGCGCGUCGGACACGCGGAAUACCAGGAGACCCAGUAUCCUAGUGGCGGUCGUCGCGAAGAGUACUCCCGCUAUGAGGAGGACUCACGCAGUGGCUCAUACGGCUACCAGCAAAAGGUCGAGACAUCCGGCUACAGCGGUUCAGGUGGAUACGAGCGCCGCGAGGAGCGCAGUAUCCAGCGCGAUGAUGAAUGGCGAUCAGAGGAGAAGCGUGAAGGCUUCGACAGAUCUGGAGAAUACUAUUCCGAGGAGAAGGAACGCCGUGGUAAGUCCAAGCAUUCCAAACAUCGCUCCGACGACGAAGAUUCGAACGAUAGUGGUGGCGACGAUUCGUAUGAAAAACGCGCAAAGAAGGAACGCAAAAGGCGCGAAAAAGAAGAGAAGAAGCGCAGCAAACACAAGAAGCGUGGUGACAGUGGAGACGACGACUCCGACUCCGAUGCUAACAAGCGUCGCUCAGGUUCGGGAGAUCACGGUCGUCGCCGCUCAAGAAGCCGCGAGCAGGAACAUCGCAGGAAGAAGAGCAAGAGCCGGUCGCCCAAACGCCGCUCGGGGGACUACUCCCGCGCGAGUGAAAGAUAUGGAGAAGAGAAAAGAUACGGCGAGGAAAGUAGCGGAUACGGGAGGCAGGAGAGGUCGGAAUAUGGACAGGAGCAGUCCUAUGGACGUCGAGAAGAAUACAGCUCUGGCCGCCAAGAAUAUGGCUCCUCUGACCGUGGCUUCGAAUACGGCGGCGAGCGUGCUGAACAGUCGUACGGCGCGCAAGGUGUGCCCGGUGGCUUUGGCGAGGAAUCUCAAAGCUAUGGCGAAUCUCGUCGUGGACACGGCCGUCGUGACGAAGAUGAGGAUGAAUAUGGUGGUGGAAGAAGGCAGGAGUAUGGCUCCGGCGGUGAUGACGGAUAUGAAAAGGAGGGGUAUGGACGACGGUAUUAG